AUGAAGACUUUCUUGGCCCCGGGCUUCAAGCUCCAACCCGUCUCCGAGGAUGACAUUGCCCUGGCCGGCCUGGCCUGGGGCUUCACCCUCGGCUUCGGUUUCCUCACCGUAUGGACCGCCAUCAAGCAGACCCGGCACGUCUCCAAGCUCCAUGGCACCGGCCGCCUCAACUCGCCCUACAUCUGGAUGAUCUGGCUGGAGAUUGCCGUCUGCACCGCCUUCAGCAUCAUGUGCUGGAUGUACCUGCGAGGCAACCUCUCUCCCAGCCUUGCCUUUUACUUUUGCAUCCUGACGACGUGGGCGCUGCAGGUGCAGUUCCUGCUGCAGAUCAUCAUCAACAGAGUCUCGGUGCUUCUUGUCAACCGGCGGAAGGGCCUCCACAUCAAGAUCGGGGUUGCCAUUCUCAUCACGGCCAUCAACAUCUCCGUCUACUGCAUCUGGAUCCCCGCCCGCCUCCAGAUAUCCGAGACGUACAUCCACAUCAACGAGGUCUGGGACCGGUGCGAGAAGGUCAUCUACCUGGUGGUCGACGCCUCGCUCAACUGGUACUUCAUCCGCAUCGUGCAGAAGAACCUGGUGCGCCAGGGGCUGAAGAAGUACGAGUCGCUGGUCAAGUUCAACAUCUACAUCAUCGGCUUCUCGCUCAGCAUGGACGUCCUCAUCAUCAGCAUGAUGUCAUUGAAGAACUCGUUUGUCUACAUGCAGUUCCACCCUCUCGCCUACAUCGUCAAGCUCAAGAUCGAGAUGUCCAUGGCCGACCUGAUCGCCACCGUCUCGCGCUCGGCCAACACGGGCGGGCUGGACUUCAGGCGGAACAGCAACCGCACCCGCGACAACAAGCAGCAGGCCGUCAUCAACGCCUUCGCCGGCCGCACCGAGUCGACGACCAGCUCCGACAUCGAGGCGCUGGACAAGAAGCACAACGACUACCCCGAAGACCAGGACGAGGUCGAACUCCGGCGCAUCAUGCGCAGCGGCGGCGUCGGCCGCCCGGCGCAGAAGGAUCUGCACAGCACCGGCGUCGACGACGAUCACCACCACCACGGCUACCAGCAGAGAGAGGGCCCGCUGGUCGUGCACCAGCAGCAGGAAAUCUCGGUCGAGGUGGAGAACGUGUCGUACGCGGCAUCGGGUGCCCCCAGCCUGGGCGACGACAGCGACGAGCGGCCGCUGCAGAGCACGAGCGUGCCCGGCGUGAAGCAGAAGACCGGGUUCGGCAUGCACACCAAGGUGUGGGGUGCGGGGAACAGCGAGGAGUAA